CAUCUGCAGCGAUUUUUCUGGUAUUACUCAGAGAGACAAUAUUACAAACAGCACCCGGUUUAUUUAACUGUCAAUGCUGCCCUGCACUCUUUUCUGUUUCCUGCAGGAAUGCCAUCAGAGGAGUUGGUCUAUCUGUCCCUCACUGUUGUGGGAGUCCCGGGUAACACUGCCGUCAACCUGGCAUUCCUCCUCUUGCUGUACCAGGAGAACCAGUUCCUACCAGCUGACGCCAUUGUCCUGCACUUGGCCUGCGUCAACAUGCCGGUGGCGGGUGUUCGCUGUCUGCUGGAGACCCUGGCCUCCUUCCGCAUGGCCAUCAUCUUCAGAUACUUUCGCUGUAAGGCUGUGAUCUUUGUCUACAGAACAUCCCGUUCCCUCUCAGUCUGGCUCACCUUUGGCUUGAGUGCCUAUCAGCGCCUGAGCGUUGCCCUUUCUGGAUCACACUGGGCCUCCAUCCGCACCUUGGCAGCCCACUAUUUGGGCUUUGUGUUCCUCUUCCUCUGGCUCCUCAACACCUGCACGAGCUCGGCAGAGACACUCUUCUCGUUCGCCACCUAAGAUGACUGAAGCCUGUUAAACCACGACAUCAAUGCACAAUUCUGCUUGGUUCAGUUUCCUUCAAAGUUGUCCAAAGAGGCAAACGGGGCGGCCCAGGUGGGCAGAGACGUAGUGCCCAUGACCAGUCUAGCCAGUCUCAUCCUGGUCUUCCUUUACAAGCACAGCCAGCAGGCGAAGCGGCUUUGCAGCAGCAGGAGUGGUGGUGGGGGGAGCGCUAGGUCUGAACAACGAGCCGCCAAAGCCGUAAACUUGACCCUGUAUGUGGUCCACUAUGGGGUAGAUGAUGGGCUUUGGGUUUACACUCUCACUAUGAGGAAGACCACGAGGUCCUCGCUCAUUUCUGACCUGAGUAUAUUCUUCUCCUCGCUCUGCGCAGCACUCAGCCCCGCGACCGUCAUCGCAUUUAACAGGAAGGUGAACCGCAGUCUGAGGCGUGCUGUUCAGAAGAGGCUGAUUCAGGAGAAAUCCACCAGUCCAUCUAGUAUGUGAGGCCGGCUGGGAGGGCUGGUUACUCACAGGACAGCAGAGGAAGACAAGAUGCUGGAGACUCUUCUUUCCUCUGCGGUGGCUUGAGAUGUUUCUUUUAUCAAAUGUUUAUUGGAAUAUCUUCUUUUUGACACUUAUGUUAAAUGUGUUGUGAAAUAACCGAUGAGGGUAUAGCACCUGUGGCUCCAGAUGAGAUGAUUUACCUGUAGGCAGGGCGAACCUGC